AUGCCUCCUACAUUUAUUUUGGUUUCAAUGGUAAUACUGGGUGUAAGUACCAUCAUGGGAGUGUUCACUAACUCAGUCAUUGUGCUUGUCAAUUUUGUAGACAAGGUCAAAGGUAAAAAGCUCAACCCAUCUGACCUAAUUUUGAUGACCCUAGGUUCACUUAACAUUUUCUUCCAGUUCAUAAUGCUGAUCAAUGACUACUUGAGCUUUCUAGACCAUGACCUCUAUAGCUCUUAUCAGAUCUACACUUUAUUUACUGUCCUACUAAUCCUUCCUAUUUUUUCAAGCUUCUGGUUUACAGUUUGCCUCUCCGUCUACUACUACUUGCAGAUUGUUAUAUUUACUCAUCCUUUUCUAAUGCGAAUGAAGUUGGGGGUCUCACGGUUUAUACCAAAGCUACUGAUGGCCUCGGUUUUCACAUCUGUAGCUAACGGCCUCCCUGCUGCAUUGAACAGGCACAAGGAUCACCUCUUUUUAAACAUGUCAAGUAAUCAGAGUUUGGAAGUCAUUGUUCCUAAAGUGAAUGUUGUAUAUAUGCUACCCAGUACUAUCAUUAGUUGCUCCCUUCCAUUAGCUGUCAUUGGCGUUGCCAAUGGUAUGAUCAUCAAGUUAUUAAUGAAGCACAGUCACAAGGAGGAUGUUAAUGCUCAAGGGAACCUCAGUCCAAGAGCUGAAGCUCGCAGACGAGCAGCCAGGACAAUUGGAUGCCUCCUUCUUCUUUACAUUUCAUUCUACAUAUCUGAGGUUCUUCUCUUUAUAGACACCUUCCCCAGGAACAGUUUUGGAUUCUGUGCCUGCUUGAUUGUAAUUUACAGCUAUCCUCCUGCUCAGUCAAUAGUUCUUAUACUAGGAUGUCCCAAACUGAAACAAGUGUUUUUUGCUUUGCUGCAAUGUCUAUUCAGUAAAGAACAGCCGAAACCACCAGAAAUCUUCUGCAUAAAACUCCAAAUCAGACACUUCAACUCACAGCACAGUAAUCAUUAA